AUGUCGGCCAGUCUUAACAGCGCAGAGACUCAAUGGCUCGCUCAGCUCAGCGCCAUGCGAGCCGCUAUCGCCGAGCUCAAAUUGCCCACAGAAACAGAAAACCUGCCAGCUUACGGCCAGGAUGUCUGGACAGAUGAGGAAGAUUCUUCAGAACCUAUGAGCGGCGAUGAUGAUCUUUGGGACCUUGUCGACGACGACGAUGAAGAUCAAGCCUCCCUUAGUGACUCCUCGUAUCCCAUGCCCUCAUAUCCUGUGCCGGACCAAACACCAACUCCCGCAUAUGGUGCCGCGUGGUUGCGCGAAAGGCUCACAUAUGUCUCGUCUAGUAUGAGUGUGGAUGAACUGCAGGACCACAUCGUUGCUAUACUUGGCUCGGACAGUAGUGAUGAUGAGCUCCAGAUGCUUCUUGCUGAUACCCUAGGCUUCGACGAACUCGAUCUGGUAGCCGACUUCAUCGCUCACAGAAAAGAGAUUACCACCGCCGUGCAAGCUCCUGUGAAGAGCGAAUCUAAUGGCAGAAUUCUUACGCGCCGUGAAAGAGAGGAAGCUCUUGUACAACAAGACUUCCAACACAAAACCGCCUCUCUUGCUGCCGCCCAAGACCGUUCCGCCACCCAGUACCCUCAUGUCUACCGAGCACACGACGCCGGAAACAUGCUCUCCUCCCACGGUCGAAAAUAUAUGCUACCGCUCGGAAGUGAGCGAACCGAGCACGAAAAAUAUGAAGAAUACUCUAUCCCUCCUGCAAAGGUUGGUACUCUUGGCCUUGGUCAAUCGCUCGUCAUGAUCCAAGAUAUGGACACGCUUUGCCGAGGAACUUUCAAAGGAUACAAGUCUCUGAACCGUAUGCAAAGUCUGGUCUACCAAGUCGCCUACAAGACCAGUGAGAACAUGCUGAUUUGUGCACCUACUGGUGCUGGUAAAACCGACGCUGCCAUGUUGACCAUCCUCAAUACCAUCGCCAAGAACGUCACACCAAGUCUGUCUGACGAUCCAGAUGCUACCGAUCUUGCAGUCGCCCUCAAUGAUUUCAAAGUUGUUUAUGUUGCUCCUAUGAAGGCGUUGGCUGCUGAAAUCACCGAAAAGCUGGGCAAGAGACUCGCGUGGCUCGGCGUCCAAUGUCGUGAGCUUACCGGAGAUAUGCACCUUACCAAGGCCGAAAUUGUCGCUACUCAGAUCAUUGUGACCACACCGGAGAAGUGGGACGUGGUCACGAGAAAGAGCACUGGAGACACGGAGCUUGUUCAAAAAGUCCGCCUUCUGAUCAUUGAUGAGGUCCACAUGCUUCACGACGAGCGAGGUGCUGUGCUCGAGUCUCUUGUCGCAAGAACCGAGAGACAAGUCGAGAGUACCCAAUCUUUGAUCCGCAUCGUUGGUCUUUCCGCCACGCUUCCCAACUACGUUGAUGUCGCCGACUUCCUCAAGGUCAACCGAAUGGCCGGAUUGUUCUACUUUGACGGCUCCUUCAGACCAGUACCUCUCGAACAACAUUUCCUUGGUGUCAAAGGCAAAGCUGGCAGCAAGACUUCCCGAGAAAACCUGGAGAUUGUCGCCUUUGAGAAAGUACGUGAUAUGUUGGAGAGAGGACAUCAAGUCAUGGUUUUUGUGCAUUCUCGCAAAGAUACCUGGAAGACUGCCACAACCAUGUACGAGAUGGCUACGGACGAAGGUUGCACCGAUCUCUUUGAUCCUUCCUUCCAUGAGAACUACCAACAAGCUUUGCGUGAUCUGAAGACUUCUAAGGGCCGUGAGCUUAGAGAGCUCGUGCCCAAGGGCUUCGGUACUCAUCACGCCGGUAUGCCCCGUUCGGACAGGAAUCUUAUGGAACGUCUGUUCGCCAACGGAGUUUUGAAGGUGUUGUGCUGUACUGCCACUUUGGCCUGGGGUGUCAACUUGCCAGCUGCCGCAGUCGUCAUCAAAGGUACCCAGCUCUAUAGCGCAGAGGCAGGUAAGUUUGUUGAUCUUGGUAUCCUCGAUGUUCUCCAAAUUUUCGGACGUGCCGGUCGUCCUCAAUUCCAGGACACUGGUAUCGGCUUUAUUUGUACCACUCAGGACAAGGUCCAACACUAUCUCACUGCUGUCACUCAACAACAGCCUAUCGAAUCCAACUUCUCCAAGAAGAUGGUUGACAACCUCAAUGCCGAGAUCUCCCUAGGCACCGUAACUUCGGUGUCAGAGGCAGUCCAAUGGCUUGGAUAUUCAUACCUAUUUGUCCGCAUGCAACGAAACCCCAUGGCAUAUGGAAUUGACUGGGCUGAAAUUCGUGACGAUCCUCAACUUGUGCAGAGGCGUCGUGAGUUGAUCAUCAAGGCUGCCAGAGUCUUGCAGCAAAGUCAGAUGAUCAUUUUCAAUGAGACGACCGAAGAGCUCCGCGCAAAGGAUGUAGGCCGUAUUGCAAGUCAGUACUACGUCCUGCAGACAAGUGUUGAGAUCUUCAACACCAUGAUGCGACCUCAGGCUACAGAGGCAGAUGUCUUGAAGAUGAUCAGUAUGAGUGGUGAGUUCGACAACAUCCAGUCCAAGGAGCCGGAAGAGAAAGAGCUGUUGCGCCUCCAAGACGAAGCUGCUCCUUGCGAUAUUGAAGGAGGUAUUGGCUCACAAUCUGGCAAAACCAAUGUCCUGCUGCAGUCCUACAUCUCCAGGGCGCGUCUCGAGGACUUCACUCUGGUGUCGGACUCAUCAUAUGUUGCCCAGAACGCAGCCCGUAUUUGCAGAGCUUUGUUCAUGAUUGCAUUGAACAGACGCUGGGGCUACCAAUGUCUCGUUCUUCUCUCUAUGUGCAAGUCCAUCGAGAAGCGAGUAUGGGCAUACCAACAUCCUUUCCAGCAGUUUGACCUUCCUCAAGCAGUUAUGCGAAACCUGGACGAGAAAGGCUCGAGUGCUUCGAUCGAGUCUCUCAGAGAUAUGGAACCGGCAGAGAUCGGAGCGCUUGUUCAUAACCAGAAGAUGGGAUACACAAUUGCUAAGCUGCUCGACAAUUUCCCUACACUGACCGUGGAAGCUGAGAUUGCACCUCUGAACAGAGAUGUACUGCGUAUCCACCUUUACAUCACACCUGACUUCAGAUGGAACGAGAAACACCAUGGCAAGUCCGAAUCGUACUGGAUUUGGGUGGAGAACUCCGAAACUUCGGAGAUAUAUCAUCACGAGUACUUCAUUCUCUCGAGAAGAAAGCUCUACGAUGAACAUGAGUUGAGCUUCACCAUCCCACUCACAGAUCCACUCCCUUCACAGAUCUAUGUUCGUGCCGUCUCUGACCGAUGGCUUGGAGCUGAGACUGUGACACCUGUCUCAUUCCAACAUCUCAUCCGACCCGACACCGAGAGUGUGUAUACCGAUCUUCUCAACUUGCAGCCCUUGCCUAUUGCUGCGCUCAAGAACCCUCUUCUAGAGGAGAUCUACAGCCAGCGAUUCCAGUUCUUCAACCCCAUGCAAACCCAGCUAUUCCAUUGCAUGUACCACACACCAGCUAAUGUCUUGCUGGGAUCGCCCACUGGUAGUGGUAAAACAGUUGCGUGUGAGCUUGCAAUGUGGUGGGCUUUCCGUGAAAAGCCAGGCUCAAAGGUCGUUUACAUUGCACCCAUGAAAGCUUUGGUCCGUGAGAGAGUUCAAGACUGGGGCAAGCGCUUGACGAAGCAGAUGGGCUUGAAGCUUGUUGAGUUGACUGGUGAUAACACUCCAGACACUCGAACAAUCCGCGACGCUGACAUUAUCAUCACAACUCCUGAAAAGUGGGAUGGUAUCAGUCGUAGUUGGCAGACCAGAGACUAUGUACGCCAAGUCAGUCUGGUGAUCAUCGACGAGAUUCAUCUGCUUGGUGGAGACAGAGGUCCUAUUCUGGAGAUCAUCGUCUCAAGAAUGAACUACAUUGCUUCGCAGAAGAAAGGAUCUGUUCGAAUCGUUGGUAUGUCCACUGCGUGUGCCAACGCCACUGAUCUGGGUAAUUGGCUGGGUGUCAAGGAAGGCUUGUUCAACUUCCGACACUCGGUGCGACCUGUUCCUCUGGAGAUUUACAUCGACGGCUUCCCCGAGCAAAAGGGAUUCUGUCCACUGAUGCAGUCAAUGAACCGACCAACGUUCCUUGCAAUCAAGUCUCACUCCCCAGACAAACCUGUCAUUGUCUUUGUUGCUUCUCGUCGCCAGACAAGACUGACAGCUCGCGAUCUCAUCAACUUCUGUGGUAUGGAGGAGAACCCUCGCCGCUUUGUAAAGAUGUCAGAAGAUGACCUCGCGGUGAAUCUUACACGAGUCAAGGACGAAGCCCUUCGUGAAUCGUUGAGUUUCGGUAUCGGUCUGCAUCAUGCAGGUCUCGUCGAGUCGGACAGGCAGCUGGCGGAAGAGCUGUUCGCAAACAACAAGAUUCAGGUACUUGUCGCCACCAGUACUUUGGCUUGGGGUGUCAAUUUGCCUGCUCAUCUCGUCGUCGUCAAAGGCACGCAGUUCUUCGAUGCAAAGACAGAGGCAUACAAAGACAUGGAUCUCACAGAUGUCUUGCAAAUGCUCGGUCGUGCUGGAAGACCCCAAUUCGACACUUCAGGUAUCGCCCGCAUCUUUACACAAGACGCCAAAAAGGCAUUCUACAAGCACUUCUUGCAUACUGGUUUCCCAGUCGAGUCUUCGCUUCACAAUGUUCUAGACAACCAUUUGGGCGCUGAGGUAUCCGCGGAGACAAUUGCUACCAAACAAGAUGCUCUUGACUAUCUUACUUGGACGUUCUUCUUUAGAAGACUUCACAAGAACCCUUCAUACUAUGGUCUUGAGAUAUCAUCAGAGGAGCACAACACAAUGGCCGCUCAGCAACUCGCUAACGAGUACAUGGUUGAGAUGGUUGACAAGUCAUUAGCAGAGCUUGCAGAUUCUGGUUGUGUCACUAUGCACAGCAAUGGUGACGUUGAUCCAACCCCUCUGGGUAAGAUCAUGAGUUACUACUAUCUCGCCCACAAGACCAUCCGCCAUCUAAUCAAGCACGCCAAACCGAAUGCCACGUUCGCAGAAGCUCUGGCCUGGAUGUGCAGUGCAACUGAAUACGACGAAUUGCCUGUGCGUCACAAUGAGGAUCUGAUCAAUGCCGAACUCUCUGCGGCCCUGCCACUGAAGGCUGAAGAUGCCAUGUCGGGAUUGCCCAUGUGGGAUCCUCAUGUCAAGGCGUUCCUCCUGUUACAGGCUCACUUCUCGCGCAUUGACCUUCCAAUCUCGGAUUACGUCGGCGAUCAAACCUCGGUCCUUGAUCAGGCAAUUCGUAUCUUGCAAGCGUCGAUUGAUGUGCUCACAGAGCUUGGUUUCAACUCGAGCUGCGGCAUGAUGAUAACCCUGCUCCAAUGUGUCAAGUCUGCUCGCUGGCCUGAAGAUGGUCCUUUGGCUAUGCUCCCGGGAGUUGAGCCUCCGAGAGAGCGUCAACGUCUUUCCUCCUCGAAGAACCCCAAGCCCAAGAACCUGGUUGAAGCGACAAGUACGCCACGCAAAGAGAUGGAAUCAGUAUUGCACAAGCAGCUCUCACUGGCACCUCCUCAACAGCCACGCGCUUUCAAGGCCUUAUCCGCUCUACCUCAACUGCGUGUCAAUGUUUCCGAUGUCACAGCACUCGGUUUGAACGUCUCGGUCGCCCGUCUCAAUCCUGCUCUCGAUCGUGAAUUCCACAUGUACGCACCGCGCUUNCCCAAGCCUCAAUCUGAGGGCUUCUUCCUCAUCGUUGCCGACACCAAGACCGAUGAAGUGCUUGCUCUCAAGCGUAUCUCAUGGCACGUGGCUACUCACGGCAAACAGGCUGCACAGGCCAACCCCAAGCCUACUUCUAGAAGCAAGAUCAGGUUGCCUCCUGCAGAUGGUGAGAGAAUGGUUUCGGUCAAGGUUGUUAGUGAUGGAUAUAUCGGCAUGGAGUGGUAUGUUGAGGAUGUAGAGAUUCCUGCUCCUCCAAUGGUUGUUGAUGAUGGACUCAAGAAGAAGCAAGGUUAA